CGUGAAAACUGACACAAAUAAUUUAAAUAUUAACAACUCUGAUUCUUCUAAUUUUCAAGAACAUAUACAAGAACAGCAGCAAAUAUGCCUUACAGCUUGUGCUCUUUCUGACGACGAAAAUUUAAGUGAAUUGGAUGAAGAGGAUGAAGAUGAAUUUUUUCGUCGUCAACGUUUUCCUUACACAGCAAAUAUGUCUCACAGCUUGUGCUCUUUCUGACGACGAAAAUUUAAGUGAAUUGGAUGAAGAAGACGAAGAUGAAUUUUUUCGUCGUCAACGUUUUCCUUACAGUUCGGGAAGUUCUCCAGUUUCGUCUUUCCGUAUGGCUGUUCGCCAGUCGAGGGCUCCCUCUGCCUGUGGAAAAUUUAAUGAAUCUUUGUUGAGAGGGAUUGAUGAUCAAGAUAAAAUAAAAUCGAGUUUGUGUGUCUGUAAUUCUAUUAGACAAAAUUUGGAGUUGAAAGAAGAAAAAGAAGAAGAGGAGGUUGAAAUUGAAGGAAAUGGAAAGGAUUUCCCUACGAGUGAUAAACCAGUAACUGAUUUGUAUAAAAUAUCACAUGAGAUUAUUGGAAUUGGUGAAAGCGGGAAAGUAAUGGCUUGUUACCACAAGAAAAGCGGCGAAAAAUUUGCUUUAAAAGUUUUGAGAGAUUCAGCUCGAAGUCAAAGAGAAAUUUCCCUUCAUUGUUUAGCUUCUCGACAUCAGAAUAUUGUCUCAAUUGCUGAUAUUUUUAAAAAUACUUUUGAUGGCUUAAAUUGUUUGUUGGUUGUUGUUGAAUUUAUGCAGGGAGGGGAUUUGUUGACAAUUUUUGAAGAAAGUGGAAGAAGUCCUUAUCCUGAACAAUGUGUUGCGCGUAUUAUUCGUCAAAUUGGUUCGGCUGUUCAAUUUCUUCAUGAAAGAAAUAUUGCGCACAGAGACAUUAAACUUGAAAAUAUUCUUUGUUCUACAAGUAAUGUAAAUACUUGUAUAUUUAAAUUGGCUGAUUUUGGAUUUGCAAAACUCUCAGAAGCUGAUAGACCUAUGAAUUCUCCUUGUUGUACACCUGCAUAUGUUUGUCCUGAGAUUUUGAGCUACAAAGAAUAUGAUAAAAGUUGUGAUAUUUGGGCGUUGGGUGUUGCUACUUACAUUCUUCUUUGUGGCUAUCCUCCUUUUUAUUCAAUGCAAGGCCUUCCUUUUUCUCCUGGAAUGCGUUCUAGAAUAACUUCGGGAGUAUUUACCUUCCCUGCUGAGGAUUGGGAUGGAAUUUCUGCUUCAACGAAACAUAUGAUUGGAGUAAUGUUGCGGACAGAUCCUUCUGAACGUAUUAGCAUUCAACAAUUAAUGAAGUCAGAAUUUCUUUCUUUGGAUAUUUCUCAACCUUCAAUAAACAAAAUUGUUUCUUCCAAACUUCCGCCUGUCCCUUCUGAUUCUUCUUUAUCUUCUGAUGCUGGGUUUGAAUCUAAUCCAGAAAAGGACAGCAGCGGAAGUGAAAGUUUAAAAGAAAAUAAAAAUUUUGUGGAAGAAAAAAUAAAAAUUUCAACAAAACAAAAAAAUUCUCCUCAAUUUUUUGUUGGAAAAAGAAUUACAAAAUCAGAUAGACAAUUAAAUGCUUGUAAUAAAUGUAUUGGAAAUAAAUAUAACAACAAUAAUAAUAUUCGUCCAAUACUUCGUGAACGGGUUUAUAGCAUCCAGGCAGCACAGGUUGACCGUGCCUUGGCUUUUAUGCGUGUUGGAGGUGCUGAUUGUUCCAAUUGUGGUAUUCAACUUAAAAAUCUUUCGAGAGGUUUAACAGGGAGUAAACUACUCGAACGGAGACGUUCUAAAUCUAUAACUGUUGGUAGAGAAGCAGAAAAAGUGCUAAAUAAAAGUGAGGAAAUGGAACGAUGUCCAACUUCGCAGAAUUGA